CUUAGGGCCACGUUCGGCACGACAAACCCAGAGAGCUUCAUCCAUCUUCUGCCUUCAAUCGACGAGUUCUACCUCAGUAUGGCCUUUCUCACCUAUCGUUAUCAGUUUGCUCUUCCUGAUUUACUUCUAAUACAGGCGCUUGAGACUUAG